GUAGGGGCACAGCCGGGGGUGCCGGCACCACCGCGCAGCUGAGGACGGGGCGGUGGCAGUGCCGCCACGGCCGUGUGCCAAGCCCACAAUCCAACGCCUGUCCCGGCAGGACACCUGCGGGUCCGGCCCGGCAGCCCGGGAAUGCCGCUGCAGCCAGCCGCGGGGCCGGGAAGCGCUGCCCGUGCUGCCGGUGCCUCUCCUCGCCCCACGGCCGAGAGCUCACCCGCGCGGCCGGACCCGCCGCCGCUACCUGCGCGGGGCAGGGCCGGGCCCGGGCAGCCCGGCCCCGGCGGGGCAGGGCCGUGCCGGCGGCGGAAGCGCCGCUCCGCCCGCCCCAGCCGAGCCGCAGGUGGGGCGGUGCGCUCUGCCCGGCCCGGCCCGGCCCGGCCCGCGCUGGCCCCGCGCCCGGCGGGGCUGUGGCGGCGGGCGAGCCGCGCUCCGCGCCCGCCUCCCUCGCGAGCGGCGCCGGGCGGGCGGCGAUGGACGGGCAGCCCCCGGCGGGCCCCGCCGCGCCGCGCUGGAGGCGGCGAGCGACCCCGCGCCCGCAGCCCCUCGCCUGGAGCAAGCUGCGGCCGCAGUCCUACCAGAGCCCCAGCGGAGUGCUCGUCACCGACUUCCCCGUGGAGGACAGGUGCGCCUUCCCCGUGACUCAGCCCGCCGGCACCGGCACCCGCUCGCCCGGCAGCCCCGCCAUGGGAUCGGUGUCCAACGGCACCGUGCGGCCGCCGGGCUCCCCCGCGCUGUCCCCGGAGCGGCGCUCCCGGGCGCUCGCCCUGGCUCCGGACAGCCCCGUCGGUUCCACCGCCAACGGCACCAUCUCCCCGCCGGGCAGCGGGCAGGGCCGCCGGCCGCGGCCGCCCGGCACCGCGGGGCUGCCCGCGCUGGCCCCGCAGCAGGAGCGGAUCGUGUUCGGAGCCAGCGCUCAGCCCGCACCGUGCCCCCGGGCUGCCGGGCCCCCGGAGGCGCCGGGGCGAUCCCCCGGGCCCAGCCGGGCUGCCGGGCCCCCGGAGGCGCCGGGGCGAUCCCCCGGGAGCGGGCCCUCGGCGGGGCCGCGCGCGGAGCCCCCCGCGCUGCUGAGCACGCACAGCCCCGCGGCGCGCAGGGUGGGCUCGCAGCAGCUGAUCCCCCGCAGCCUGGCCGAGAGCCGGCCCCCGGGCCAGGAGCGGGGCCUGAAGGCGCGCAGCCUGGUGGAGACCCCGCGGCUGUCCCUGGGCAGCGACCCCGAGGACGAGCCCGAGGGCGGCCCGGGCGCGCUGCGGCGCGGGCUGCGCUCCACGUCCUACCGCCGGGCCGUGGUGAGCGGCGUGGACCUGGACGGCUCCGCCAACUGCAAGAAGCAAAACAGAAUGUCCCAGCCCAUCCUGAAAGCGGUGGUUGAAGAUAAAGAGAAGUUCUCGAGCCUGGGGAGGAUUAAGAAGAUGCUGAAAGGACAAGGGACGUUUGAUGGGGAAGAAAAUGCUGUUUUAUAUCAGAACUAUAAAGAAAAAGCUCUGGACAUAGAUUCUGAUGAAGAGUGUGAGCCCCAAGAGCAGAAGUUGGAUGACAAGGUUGUUUUUCCCUAUAAGCCCCUGAGGUCGACGUGGAGCCAGCUCUCUGUGGUGAAGAAGAACGGCCUGUCAGAAGCCAUCAGCCAGGAGGAAAGGAAGAGACAGGAGGCAAUAUUUGAGGUGAUAUCUUCUGAGCACUCCUAUUUGCUGAGCCUGGAGAUUCUGAUCCGGAUGUUUAAAAAUUCCAGGGAACUGAGCCUCACAAUGACCAAAACAGAGAGCCACCACCUCUUCUCCAACAUCACGGAUGUUUAUGAAGCAAGCAAAAAGUUCUUUGAGGAGCUGGAGGCCAGGCACCAGAGCAGCGUUUUCAUCGAUGACAUCAGUGACAUCGUGGCACGGCACGCGGGCUGCAGCUUCGACCCCUACGUGAAGUACUGCACCAACGAGGUGUACCAGCAGCGCACCCUGCAGAGACUGCUAGCCACAAACCCAGCGUUUAAGGAGGUGCUGUCCCGGAUCGAGGCCCACGAGGAUUGCCGGAACUUGCCCAUGAUCUCCUUCCUCAUCCUCCCCAUGCAGAGAGUCACUCGUCUCCCCUUGCUGAUGGAUACUAUUUGCCAGAAAACCCCCAAGGAUUCAGCAAAAUACGAGAACUGCAAGCAGGCUCUGAAAGAAGUCAGCAAGCUCGUGCGUCUGUGCAACGAGGGCGCCCGCAAGAUGGAGAGGACGGAGAUGAUGUACACCAUUAACUCCCAGCUGGAAUUCAAAAUCAAGCCAUUUCCAUUGGUUUCCUCUUCACGGUGGCUGGUGAAAAGGGGUGAAUUAACAGCCUAUGUAGAAGACACUGGACUUUUUUCCAAAAGAACCUCUAAGCAGCAGGUGUACUUCUUCCUCUUCAAUGAUGUCCUCAUCAUCACCAAGAAAAAGAGCGAGGAGAGCUACAACGUGACGGAGCACUCGCUGCGGGAGCAGCUGCAGGUGCUGCCGUGCGCCGGGGAGGAGCCCGGCUGCUCUCCGGCCCGGGGCCCGGCCGGGAUGCUGCACUCGGGCCGCGCCCCGGGCCCCCACCUCUUCCGGCUCGUGCUGCUCAGCAACCACGCCGGGGACAGGGUGCAGAUGCUCCUGGGCGCAGAGACGCAGAGUGACAGAGCCCGCUGGAUCACGGCGCUGGGCCAGGACAGCGAGGGGCACCACACGGACAGGACCACCCUGGCCCAGGUGGAGAUCAUCAGAACCUACACAGCCAAGCAGGCCGAUGAGCUCUCUCUGCAAGUCGCUGAUGUCGUUUUGGUUUAUCAAAAGGUGAAUGACGGCUGGUACGAGGGGGAGCGGCUGCGGGACGGCCAGAGGGGCUGGUUCCCCUCGGAGUGUGCCAGGGAGAUCACCUGCAGGGCCACCCUGGACAAGAACAUGGAGCGCAUGGGCCGCCUGCUGGGGCUGGAAACCAACGUGUAACCUGCUGCUCACCCCGGCUGGGACGGGGGACAGCAGGGCCACAGCAGCGCCACAGCCCAGCAGCAGCACCCUGGAGCCCCACAGUCCCUGCUCUGACAGCUCCCAGCUGAGCCCCAGCAGCAGCACCGUGCAGCAGUGUCUCGGGCACAGCUCUGCCUCCUUGCCCUCUUGCUCCGUCUGCUUUUGAGCAUCUGAAGUUGUUUCCAGCAGCAGAACUCUGUAGGGGCCUGGGCCCCAGUGCUGGGUGUCCUGCUGCUGAGGAGCUGCAGCCCCAGACCCUGUUACUGCCCCUCGUGUCAGACCCCCGUGGCACCUGAGCUCCAGUGGGCAGCUCUGGACUCUAAAGGCUGACCUACCUCUCCGGGCGAAUCAGGGAUGGCACAGCUGGCACAGGCACAGCUGGCACUGCCUCUCCAGGACUCUGCAGCUGCGCCUCCAUGGGGCUGCUCAGACUGGCUCCAGCUUCUGCUGGGGCAAAGGAUUUCUGAAAGCCAGGAAAGGGCACCACCCUCUGCUGCUCCAUCCUAGCACAGGUAUUUUGCUGCAGAGUAGCUGCUGGGAGCGGGGGCAGUGCUUUCUGGGUUUCUCAGGUGUCUGCUGAGGUCUUGCACUUCACUCAGUGCUUCAGGGCAGCGGUGAUGGAACAGGAACUGCACUCGCUGCUCUGGGAACAAAUGCACUCAAGGCUGAGCAGAGUUCAGGGCAGGUUCAGAGGUGUGAGAGUGUGUGUGACAAAAACCCUCCCUUGUAAGGACCAGCUGCUGACGCAGCAGUGUAGAAAUGAGGGGACAACUUGUACUAGCAAGGCUUUCUUCCUGUUGCCUUCCCAGCCUCUGCGGGUUUUUAUCCUGCACAAUGCUGACUGGGAGUGAAUUGAGUGUUUGUAAAGAUGUGUAGCUCUAAUAAUUUAAACUACAGGAGGAAGGCAGGAAUUUUGUACAAAAAUACUUACCUGGACAGUGUGACAGUGGUUAUACAGCCUUACAAAUUAAUUUAUAAGUGGACUGAUAAAAUAGUAAUGAGAGAAACUGUAAAUUGAACAAAGACUUAUUUAACAUAGUAAAAACACUGCAACUGUUUUAACAAAUUUUACUGUAUACAUGUGGAUGUUUAACAUGUAGCUGAAUGUAUAAAUCCAGGCAUUAAUUUUAUUCAGAUUUUUUAAUACACUGUAUAUAUUUUUCAUACCUAGUUUUUCAAAAAAUGCUGUAAUGUUUUGUAAAGACAUUUUUCAUUUUCCUAUUGUUGGACACAGUUCUUCAGGAAUUAAAAGACUUCUGUGAUUUUAUAGGACAACAAUCAAUAAAGUGCUUUUAAAUCCUUACUAAAAAAAGUUUUGAUUUUGUUUUAAAUGCCAUAAAGCCACCAGUUGAUAAUGUAAUUUUUGUCAGAGAAA